AUGGCUGCUGUGCCUCUGUUCCUGCUCACGACUCUCCUGCCCCUGCUGGUGCUCACCGCCCAACAGGACUCUAGCAUUGUGAAUGGCCGGGAGGCUAAGCCACACUCCAGACCUUACAUGGUCUCUGUGCAGCAAAAUAAAAGGCACAAAUGUGGUGGUUUCCUGGUGUCCGACUCCUUCGUAAUGACUGCAGCACAUUGCCUGAUAUGGCGACAGAACUUGACAGUUCUGCUCGGUACCCAUGACAUUUCUGAGAAUCAAAAGUCAAACAGGGCUGAAGUGAAGUUUUACCACAUCCACCCUGGGUUUGAAGCUGAUACACUGAAGAAUGACAUCAUGCUGUUGCAGCUCAAGACUGCAGUUAAGAAGACCAAAGAAGUGCAGUGGAUCCCCCUCCCUAAGAAAGAUAAGGACAUCAAGCCCAAAACAGUCUGCAGCGUGGCAGGAUGGGGGGCAAACAAAACCAAAGGGUAUGCAAGCCCACGCCUUCUGGAAGUCAACGUGACCGUUAUGGACCGAAAGACAUGCAAAAAAAAGUGGGUUCUGGAACCAAUCACAUCCAGGAUGAUCUGUGGAGCAUUAAACAUCGACAAUAAAGGCAUCUGUCAGGGGGAUUCUGGAGGUCCUCUGGUGUGUAAGGGCACAGCGGUGGGAAUUGUGUCCUUCAAUGACUACGGAAACUGCAAUAAACCUGAAAAACCGAAUGUUUACACUCGAAUAUCCAAAUACCUGUCCUGGGUCAAAUGUAUCAUAAGCAGUGUAAACUGA